AUGCAUGCAUGUGAUUUGGACUGCCUUCUUCUCAACGUAUUUGAAUUAUUGGACUUCAAUCCGUACGUCCGUCCUAUCAUUGUAACAAUGCAGACAAACAACAGAACAAACAAGGACCAAACCGAUAAUGUAACAGUACCGAACAAUGCAGUGCUGGAGCAGGACAGUGCGACUUUGCUUUUACAGCAGCAUUCGCUAUGCGAGCAACAGUCUGCCUCCAGUGACAUCGCAAAACAGGCUUUGCAUGCUGAGGUCGCGCAUAAAAGUGGAAAACUAGAGAGUUCGUCCAUUGCUAGUAAUUGUCAAACAUUACGGGAUCAGGCAUUGGCAUCUGUGCAGGAUAGUCUCUCGAGCGAAGCAUCCUCUCGAAAGCCGAUUUCUACAGUCUUUCGAAGUGGUCAGAUUGUUGAGGGUCAUAAAUCCUCGUUUACUGACAUCGUUGACUACUCACCGGAUAGAUCACCGACUAAGACAUGGAAUAUUGAAGGAGACCGGGAUCACUGCAACAAGUUGCGGUACAGUACACUUUUAUUCAUCAAACAGGGCAUGUAUUACAUUCUGUAUAUUUGGUGUAAAAAACUUGAUUAUGCUACACAUAAAAGAGGGGCCAGAAACGGGAUGCUAACAACAAUACCAUCAAAAUAUACGGAAUAA